ACAGAAAGAAAAUAGUAGAGGGUUUCGCGUUUCAGACAUCUUGCAGCACUCAAAUUCAAUUGUUUUUGGGAGCGUCCGCAUACUGGAGAAAAGGGAAAUGGGAAAUCCACAGAAGUCGAGUAGUUGGAGCCAAAAUCUUCAUACAGCGGCAAGGUCCGGUGAUCUAACUGCAGUACAGGCAAUUCUCAGCUCCAAUCCUUUGGCCGUCAAUUCUAGAGAUAAGCACUCCAGAACUCCACUACAUUUAGCAGCAUGGUCUGGGCAAACAGAGGUGGUGAAUUUUCUGUGUAGCCACAAGGCUGAUGUUGGUGCUGCUGCUAUGGACGACAUGGGUGCUAUACACUUUGCUGCCCAAAAGGGACAUUUAGAGGUUGUUCGCACUCUCCUUUUAUCUGGGGCUUCUGUCAAAGCUUACACUCGUAAAGGCCUCACUCCACUGCAUUAUGCUGUUCAAGGGGCCCAUGUAGAGCUUAUCAAAUAUUUGGUAAAGAAAGGUUCAAAUCUCAGUGCGAAGACAAAAGCAGGGAAGACCCCUCUUGAUCUUGCUAGCAGUGACGAAGUCCGCUCGUGUUUGAAAGAGUGUGAACGGUUAUCUGAGAAAGGAGGUCUGAAUGAAAAACAGAAAGAUGAAGAAUCUGAUCCAAAGACAUCCCUGCAGGAAGAAGUGAAAUCGGAAGGUGAAGCUGCAAAUUCUGGGAAUGAUAAACCGGCUGAAGAUGAAAGUCUGAAGAGGAAGGCAGAAAAAGAUGAUUCUGAGGAAGCGUCUGGGGAACGGAAAAAGCCACGAGUUGUAUUGAAUCAUCUUCUAAGUGCUGAUGAUACGCAAGACGAGGAAUGAAGCUUCUAAAGGAGACUAGUAUGGUAUAAUGACUUUAAUCAAGCAGCUAACUGCUAUACUGACUCAUAUCAACAUGUAGCUCUUUGUACUAUUAUAUAAUUUCAUCGGUUCAUGAUUGUUGAAAAGUAUAUUGGUUUUUUUCUUUUCUUCCAUCUUUCCAAUUGAAAACUUGUUCUAGUCA